UUACAUUUGUAUGUUCAUGCAGGUAUGGGCGCUCUACUUCCUAGAAUGUCCCUACCACACGCAGCACAUAAAGUACAACGACGUUUUCAACUGGACGGCGACAUACAGGCGCGACAGCGACAUAGUCGCGCCCUAUGAACGCUGGGAGUACCACGACUGGGCGCACACUGAGUGGACGGGCGCACCUCGCGACUUUACUACUAAUAAGACGCACAAGGUGGCUUGGUUCGUGUCGAACUGCGCCGCGCGCAAUAAUCGGCUACAGUAUGCACAUGAGCUGGCCAAACAUAUACAGGUUGAUAUAUAUGGUGCUUGCGGACGACUGAAUUGCCCUCGAUCUGCGGCAGAGAAGUGUUUCGAGAUGUUGGACACUAAGUACAAGUUCUACUUAGCCUUCGAGAACUCCAACUGCAAGGACUACAUCACUGAAAAGUUCUUUGUCAAUGGUCUUGGACGUAACGUGCUCCCAAUCGUGAUGGGCGCGCCACCCGAGGACUACGCCAAAAGCGCGCCACGUCACUCCUACAUCCACGUGGACGACUUUGAGUCGCCCAAACAGCUGGCCGAGUACCUCCACAAGCUGGACCAGGAUGACGACCUCUACAACUCCUACUUCAAGUGGAAGGGCAUGGGAGAGUUCAUCAACACCCACUUCUUCUGCCGGGUCUGUGCCAUGGUCCACGAUGACUACCCCACAAAGUCCUACCGGGACAUCAACGAGUGGUGGAGGGGGGCGGGGGUUUGUACCAGCGGCACCUGGCGCAAGAGUAAGGGCUGGUCGCACAAUAGUAAGGUGCACGAGAACAUUUUUCAAUAGCUAAGGGGGUUUUUUCGGUUGGCAGGAUCGAAAAGUUGAAAAAACUCUCAAUUCUAGAGUCCGAUACCCGAUCUAAACUUGAAAUAAUAUUCAAUUUCAAUAGACGCGGAGUAAGGGCUGGUCGCACAAUAUUAAGGUGCACGAGAACAUUUUUCAAUAGCUAGGGGUUUUUUUCGGUUGGCAGGAUCGAAAAGUUGAAAAAACUCUCAAUUCUAGAGUCCGAUACCCGAUCUAAACUUGAAAUAAUAUUCAAUUUCAAUAGACGCGGAGUAAGGGCUGGUCGCACAAUAUUAAGGUGCACGAGAACAUUUUUCAAUAGCUAGGGGUUUUUUUCGGUUGGCAGGAUCGAAAAGUUGAAAAAACUCUCAAUUCUAGAGUCCGAUACCCGAUCUAAACUUGAAAUAAUAUUCAAUUUCAAUAGACGCGGAGUAAGGGCUGGUCGCACAAUAUUAAGGUGCACGAGAACAUUUUUCAAUAGCUAGGGGUUUUUUUCGGUUGGCAGGAUCGAAAAGUUGAAAAAACUCUCAAUUUUAGAGUCCGAUACCCGAUCUAAACUUGAAUUAAUAUUUAAUUUCAAUAGACGCGGAGUAAGGGCUGGUCGCACAAUAUUAAGGUGCACGAGAACAUUUUUCAAUAGCUAGGGGUUUUUUUCGGUUGGCAGGAUCGUAAAGUUGAAAAAACUCUCAAUUCUAGAGUCCGAUAUCCGAUGUAAACUUGAAAUAAUAUUCAAUAGACGCGGAGUAAGGGCUGGUCGUACAAUAGUAAGGUGCACGAGAACAUUUUUCAAUAGCUAAGGGGGUUUUUUCGGUUGGCAGGAUCGAAAAGUUGAAAAAACUCUCAAUUCUAGAGUCCGAUACCCGAUCUAGACUUGAAUUAAUAUUUAAUUUCAAUAGACGCGGAGUAAGGGCUGGUCGCACAAUAUUAAGGUGCACGAGAACAUUUUUCAAUAGCUAGGGGUUUUUUUCGGUUGGCAGGAUCGAAAAGUUGAAAAAACUCUCAAUUCUAGAGUCCGAUACCCGAUCUAAACUUGAAAUAAUAUUCAAUUUCAAUAGACGCGGAGUAAGGGCUGGUCGCACAAUAUUAAGGUGCACGAGAACAUUUUUCAAUAGCUAGGGGUUUUUUUCGGUUGGCAGGAUCGAAAAGUUGAAAAAACUCUCAAUUCUAGAGUCCGAUAUCCGAUGUAAACUUGAAAUAAUAUUCAAUAGACGCGGAGUAAGGGCUGGUCGUACAAUAGUAAGGUGCACGAGAAUAUUUUUCAAUAGCUAAGGGUUUUUUCGGUUGGCAGAAUCGAAAAGUUGAAGAAACUCUCAAUUCUAGAGUCCGAUAUCUGAUGUAAACUUGAAAUAAUAUUCAAUAGACGCGGUACCGUACAGUAAGGUGCACAAUAACAUUUUCUAAUAGAUAAAAGGGUUUUUUUCGGUUGAAAGGAUCGAAAAGUUGAAAUAACGUUUAAUUCUAAACGUAAGUCUGAUGUGAUGUAAACUUGUAAUACUGGUCGCAGUAUAUUCAGGUGCAAGAAACCAUUUUCCAAUAGCUACGGGGUUUUCUUCGGUUGGGAGAAUCGAAAAUUUGAAAAAAAACUUUCAAUGUUAGAGUCCGAUAUGUGAUGUACAGUUGCAAUGCCCAAAAGUCGUGGUAGAGUCAGGUGCAAGUAACCAUUUUCCAAUAGCUAAGGGUUUUCUUCGGUUGGGAGAAUCGAAAAUUUGAAAAAAAAACUUUCAAUGUUAGAGUCCGAUAUGUGAUGUACAGUUGCAAUGCCCAAAAGUCGUGGUAGAGUCAGGUGCAAGUAGCCAUUUUCCAAUAGCUAAUUUUCUCUUCGGUUGGUAAAAUCGAAAAGUUGUAAAAAAACUUUCAAUGAUAGAGUCCGAUAUGUGAUGUAGAGUUGCAAUGCCCAAUAUUCGUAAUAGAGUCAAGUGCAAGUAACCAUUAUCCAAUAGCUAUGUGUUUUUUCGGCUGGGAGAAUCAGAAACUUAAACAUUUAAUCCUAGAGUUUGAUGUGAUGUAAACUUGUAAUAUUCAAAAGUUUGAUUGUAUGAUAAGAGAUGUCGUGGUAUUUCGUAAUUGAAAGAAUUGAAAGAAUAUCGAAAGAAUAGAGAACACAUUGAAAGAAUAAUACGUUGAUGUUGUCAAUACUGUAGGGCUACGACUAUUGACUAUAUUUAUUCAAAAUUAAUUAAAAUUACAGAAUCAGGUUUUAUGGCAAUACCUGCCACAUAUUCAGCUGAAGAUGCCACAUCUCCAGUUCAGCUGAAGAUGUGCCAGGUGUUGCCAUGAAACCUGGUUCUGUAAUUUGAAUCAAUUUUGAACGAAUAUAGAUUGAAUAGUGGUAACGUAUUGACAACAUCAGCGUCCUAUUCUUUCAAUAUUCACAAGUCGCGGUAAAGUUAGGUGCAAGUAACCAUUUUCCAAUAGCUAAGGGUAUUUUUUCGGUUGGGUGGAUCGAAAAGUUGAAAAACUUUCAAUGCUA